AAUUGUCUAAAACGUUGAUGAAAAUGAGUGAAAAAUCACCAACAACAUCAACAUCGAAUUCAUUGAAUCAAUUUACAUUCAAUGAAUCGUCAACAUUUCCGUUGGAAGGUGCAGAAAUUAAAGAUUCACCAUUUAUAUUGAUACAAGGUCUUUCAAUUGCUGCUGGAAGUUUUGGUCAAGUAUAUCUAACACGUAAUGUAAAAACAAAUGAAAUUUGUGCCACAAAAUUAGUCCGGAAAGAUAAUCCAAAUGCAAAACUUCGAAAAGAAUAUGAUUGGUAUCGUAUCCUGGGACCAUUACCUGGACUGCCAAAAAUAUAUCAUUUUGGUGAAUGCGGACCAUAUGAUGCUAUGGUUAUGGAAUUAUUAGGACCAAAUCUUGAAGAAUUAAUGGUGACAAAUAAUUCACGUUUAAAUCUACGUACAACAACACAGAUUGCCAUUAUGAUAUUGGAAAUAAUUCGUUCUGUGCAUUCGAAAAAAAUUAUUUUCUGCAAUGUUAAACCGGAAAAUUUCUGCCUUGGACGUCCAGCCACUCCUAAAGCAAAUCAGGUUCAUAUGGUUGGUCUUAUUAAUGCCAAGUUAUUUGAAACAGCCGAUUCGAAACAUAUACCGAAAAUUUCAACAAAUAAUAAUGAACCGAAAAAAUUCGGUGUAUAUGGUACACCACGUUAUAUGAGCCUACAUGCACAUAAAGGUAAAGAAUUAAGUCGUCGUGAUGAUCUUGAAUCCAUUGGUUAUAUGUUAUUGUAUUUUGUACAUGGUAAGCUACCAUGGCAAGGACUUCCGGUGAAUAAUUCUAGCAAUACAGGCAAUAAUGAUAAAUAUGAAAAUAUUUUCAUUACAAAAAAAAUGAUACAUCUCGAUGAACUGUGUGCCAAUCUACCACCAGAAUAUUAUCAUUAUAUGCUUUAUGUACGUAGUUUGAAAUUUGCACAAGAACCAAAUUAUCGUUAUUUGAUUACAAUGUUUACCAAAUUAUUAUAUCGUAUCAAUAUGGAUCAAUCACGGCUGGUAUCACCAUUAACCAAUGAUUUGGCAGCAAUUACAAUGGAUGAACAAUCAUCAUUGAAUAAUAAAAAUGAAUCCAACAAUAAUAAAAAUAAAAAUCAUCAAACUACAAUCGAUUCAUCAUCAUCAUCAUCACGAAAACAAGUUUCAUUCAAAAUUGAUCAUGAAACAUUAGAUUGAAAAUUCAGCAAAAAAAAAAUUACCAAUUUUUGUCAAACUUGAUUUUUUGUUUACAUU